AUGGCCGAGAAAUUGUCUGAACAACAAAUUGCUGAAUUUAAAGAAGCUUUCUCUUUGUUUGACAAGGAUAGCGAUGGAAAGAUCACCACCAAGGAAUUAGGCACAGUCAUGAGAUCUUUGGGCCAAAACCCAUCAGAAAGUGAGUUGACAGAUAUGAUCAACGAAGUGGAUGUCAAUUCAGAUGGUUCAAUCGACUUCCCAGAGUUUUUAACCAUGAUGGCUAGAAAAAUGGGAGACACCGACUCGGAAGCUGAGAUUGCUGAAGCUUUCAAGGUAUUUGACAGAAAUGGCGAUGGUAAGAUUAGUGCUGCUGAGUUGAGACAUGUGCUUACGUCGAUUGGUGAAAAGUUGUCGGACGCAGAUGUGGAUCAAAUGAUUAAAGAAGCUGAUACCAACAAUGAUGGUGAGAUUGAUAUCCAGGAGUUUACUCAAUUGUUGGCCGCCAAAUAA